AUGGUGAAGUUUAUCGUGGACCAGACGGUUGGCGAAACAUUCCAGUUUGAGAAGGAAAUCGGCCGAAAUUCUGCUUUGACGAUUUGGGAGGUUUUUUUGGACAGAUAUGGUCUCCGUUACACUGAUAGUAUUCGUGACUACGGUUCAAACUGGAUUGAAGAAUGCACGGUGAACGGGAAAAGCUUGUCGUCUCAUGAGAAACUCCAACCAGAAUAUGAAACAAUCUUUGUCAGACUGUGGCCUCUUUGGUUAAGUUCCUUUUAUUUCUUUACCUUACAACGGGUGCUUUUGAAUGCUCAGAUUUUUAUAAAACUUUGCAUACAUCUGAUUAUUUCCAUUUUUACCGUUACAAAGGCUCGGGAAAACCCCGCAUCCCGUUUUUUCUUUGAAUUAUAGUCGUUUUAGGUACACUUCACGAUUCGUUGUGAGAAUUCAGAUUUUUGUCUUGAAACUCCCGGUGUUUGCGGCCGCAUGGAAACCGUUGGCGAUGCGGUCAGGCGUAUGUUGAAAGAGAAUGGCAAACGUCCGGAAUCUUUGAUAGUUGCUGCGAGAGAAAAGAUCAAUGGCGUUUUUAAGAAUUGGUAAAUACGAUUAUGACCCACCGGCGGAAACCCUUCUUUUGGGGCAGAUUCCAUUUACUAGAAUUCUCAUAAAGUGGGUAGACUUUUGCACUUUCAAAAUUUUCCUGGCCCCUUCCGGGCUUGGAAAUUGGUUAGUCGCUUGAAUGGUUGUGAAGUUUUUAUUCUAACAAUGUUGGGCUGCUUAAAACGUCGGUGGAUCAUAAUCGCAUAUAUUCAGUGAGGAAUGGCACUAUGUUAAUGCAUUUGCGCAUUACGAAGUGAACAUCCACCGAAAAGUUGUAUGUUUCUUUUACCUUUAAGUUUUUUACCGAAACUUUACAUGUGAUUUUGAAAAGUUUCAAAUUCACGUUGACACUGUGCUCCAACCUUAUAAAGAUCGUGUUUUAAUUCAUUUUUUUCAGAUUUACUUCGAGUUCUGGCACAAUCAGGUGAGAAAAGUCGAGGAAUGUUUUGUUGAAAUGGGAGACAUUGUAUACGAAGUCGCUCGUAAAGCCUUGGAGGCAAAGAAUGUCGAUGUUUCAAAGAUAGAUAUCGAUAUUUUCCGAGAUGUAGGUUUUCUUGCUUCGUUACAAACUUACAUUGAAAUACUUUUACAAAUUUUUAAUUUUACUUUUAUAGCGUGGAUCGUAUGUUAAAAUGACGCCACUUUGCAAAGUAAACCGUUAUAAAGAACACUACUUGCUUGCGUUAACCCCACGCAACAGUAAUUGUAGUCUUGAUGUAGGCGAAGCUCAAACCAAGCCUUCAGAAGUUGUGGAGAAGCAAUACCAGGACACGCCAGAUUCUCGAAGUCCACGGCUCUCAGAACCUCAGCAAAAAGAGAAGGAAGAGAAGAAUGGACAGGUCUCCGCUGAUUUGGAUUCAAAACUGUCGACCAUUAUUGACAUGCUCACAAAAGUUGCGGAAAAUGUCACGUCGAAAGUUGUUGAAGAUCUCGCAACCAAGCGUGCCUCCGGUCAACCAGAAACCGCCAAACAGAAGCUAAACCUGAAAGACACUGAUGAGUACAAGAAGCUGGAGGCCGACUACGCAAACCUUCGCAAGGAAUUCGAAACCACCAAGGAUGACUUCAAAAAAGAGCUUGUGAGGGCGCAAAAUUUCAACGAAAAGAUUGAACGUCGUUUAGUGUUCUUGAUUAUGCUAUUUGUUUUUGGUUUCCUUCAAUUCGGCCUAUUGUAA